GUGCGUGCAGCUGUUACCAUGGCAACUGCAAGCUAACGUAAAGUCGGUUCAUUGGGAAGAAGAAGGUCCAAACAGGUAGACCAUCUUUUUUUCCCCCCAGGAGUAAAAGUGAAAUGUUCGAGAGGUGAAGUUUUGACGCCUGGCGGCUCGUUCGGAUACUUCCUAUCAUUGACGCCGAAAUGGAGUUGGACAGGACGGGAACGGGACGCUCGACGACACCGAGUCGCCACGAGAAAAGCUUGGGGCUCCUCACCAUGAAGUUUGUCACUUUGCUACAAGACGCCAGUGAUGGCGUUCUGGACCUGAAAGUGGCUGCAGACAGUUUGGCCGUGAAGCAGAAGCGGCGCAUAUACGACAUCACCAACGUCCUGGAAGGCGUGGGCUUGAUUGAGAAGAAGAACAAAAAUGUCAUCCGCUGGAGGGGGGAGAACAAUGCCAGUCAGACCCAGCACGAUGCGGACCAGGUGAGGUUUCUGAAAGCUCAGAUCUCUGAGCUGGAAGCCCAAGAGAAAGAGCUGGACAUCCAGAGGACGUGGCUGGAGGAGACCACCAAGCGCUUGAAACACGACCCCAUCACCAGCAAUUAUAAAUUUGUGACGCAUGAGGACAUUUGCAACGCGUUCAGCGGCGACACCGUUCUAGCUGUGGUGGCGCCAUCUGGGACUCAGCUGGAGGUGCCGCUGCAAAAGACGGGGCAGAGGAACUACCAGGUCAACCUGCGCAGCAAUGCCGCGCCCAUCAAGGUCUUGCUCAUCAACAGGGACUCUGACCGCACUGCGCCGGUGGUCUUCACCGUACCCCCCACCGACGAGCUCCGCCCCGUGCUGAUCCCGCCUACGUUCGACUCCUGCAGCCGGGACACCCUGGGCUCAGACCACCAGAUGGCGCUGGCGGAUGACCAGGAAGUGCUGACGCCCUCACCCUCCCCUCCAGAUGCACACCUAGGGUGUCUCCAUCGGCCGGCGUCGGUGUUGGAGAUGGAGCAGAUGGACCUGGCUGGCCCGGAGUUCCAGUCUGUUGUGGACGUGAGCAGCCUGCUGAGACACACCACCAUGGGGGAGCCCCUGAAGGUGGACCGAGACGAAGCUGUAGGCCUCUUGGAUGAGCUGAUGUCCGCUGAUGGCAUGGACUACAGCUUCCACCUGGAUGAUAACAGGGCUGUGUGUGACCUCUUUGACGUGCAGAGCCUCAACUACUGAGCUCAGGACCUCGCCUUUGUUUUCCCGCCGUGAAAGAUAAAGUAUACUCCCCUGUUUGCCUUUCCUCACGCACACUUCACGUUGUCCACUUGGACCCACUCAGCACACACGUGGACUUUUUUUUAUUUAGGACAUUUCUAAAGUCAGUGCGUCUUGGUUCGGAUGGUUUCCAUGGUGACAAACCUGCAUCAAAAGUUAAUUGCGGGCUCGACACUGCCUUGUUUUUUGCUUUUUUUUCCACUUAAAAAAAAAAAAAAGUCAUUUCAAAGAAACUGAUGUUUAUGUUCUCGUUUGUGGACUGGAGAAGGUCCCACCCGCCUUCAUUGUCACUGAAGCUCUCGCCUCAAGUGGCCGUCACCAGACUUUUGUUACACCUGCUUGUUUGCACUUUCUCAAUAAAUGGGUGCAGUCUCA